AUGCGCUCAAUGAGGGAGGAUGAGAGUUAUCGACUGUCAUGUGACAUUGAGCCAACGCAGGACACGCCGGCAGUGACCCCAGUGAAGCCCACAGUGGUCAUCACACACUGCACUGAUCUUUUGGCUUCCAUUGUUGCUCCAUUCGGAUCCAGCAUGCACUUGGUGUCUUGGGAUGUGCCCUCUGACCGACUCAUGGCGCCCGGCCUCACAGCGCAGCAGAGAAGCCCCUCUGUCCCGGCGCUGGACGUACAAAGCUCCCCCAAGCCGUCUCCUAAGGGGUUUCUGACACCAGCUGUUGCUGGACGCACGCACCGACGCUCCGCCUCCUGCGGCAGCCCGUUCACCACCGUUCAACACAGCUCCUCUGCGGAACACAUCGCGGAGCCAGGCAAAAUCCCAGAUCCCGCUGAAGAUCACCGCAUCAUUCGCGCACGAGUGGCGCCGGCAGAGGAAACCAGUGUUUACAAAAGUGUGCGGAUCAACAGCCAGGAAAAAGCUCCAGCAGUGAUUGAUCGCAUCCUGAGAAAACAUCACCUGAACACACCGGGUUCACAUGAGCUAGUCCAGCUAUUGCCAGGGAAUAAAGAGCUGGUGUUUCCAGGGACAGCAAACGUCUUUUAUGCAAUGAGUUCGGCCAGUAUGGACUUCCUGGUCCGUCCACAGCAAACCGCCCCAACGCCUCCCUCCGAGCCCAAACCUCACCACCUCCGGGUACAAAUAAAUGCCACCUAUCCCAAAAUGAAGGCCAAGGCCGGAGACCUGGCAAGGUCCCUCUUCUAA